UGGAGUACCUCGGCGAAUAGACAUGGCAUUGAGAACCUCAAUACCCAAUGUCGUCCGUCUCGCCGUUGUGACUCUCGCGCUCUUUUCUAUUGCUAACGCCGAGGAACCUGAUACACCUCCAAGAAGAAAUCCUCCACGUGCACCACCACCACCACCAGUAAGAGGAGGACCAACACCACCAAAUGCACCAACAACACCGAUCAAUAAACCUCCACCGCCGGUGCGAGCGGAACCAACACCACAACCUACAACAGCACCAGUAACGCCAACAUCUCCUCGUGCACCUCCACGUGCUCCACCACCACAAAGAGUACCACCACCUCCCUCAAUGAGCCCAGAAGAACCACCGGUACUAGCACCAGCGCCAACCCCAACUUCUUUGACUCCAAUGCCAUCGCGUGCACCUCCACGUGCUCCACCUACACAAAGGGUACCACCGCCAUCACCGACGGUGCCACCUCCUCCCUCUAUGAGCCCAGAACAAGCACCAACACCGACUAAUGUGACUCCAGCACCAUCUAGUGCGCCCCGGCGUGCACCAUCACCACAAAGGGUACCACCACCAACCUCAAUGAGUCCAGAAGGACCACCGACACUUGCACCAAUGCCAACACCUACUUCUCUGACUCCAACACCGUCCCGUGCGCCUCCACGUGCUCCACCUCCACAAAGGGUACCACCACCAUCAUCGUCGCCCGCCGAAUCAUCACUAGCACCCGCACCUACCCCGAUUAAUAUUACACCAACACCAUCACGUGCACCUCCACGUGCACCACCACCGCAAAGGGUGCCACCUCCUCCCCCAAUGAGCCCAGAACAAGCACCAUCACCAACACCAAUUAAUGUGACUCCAGCACCAUCUCUUGUGCCCCCGCGUGCGCCCCCACCGCAAAGGGUACCACCACCUCCCCCAAUGAGCCCAGAACAAGCACCAGCACCAACACCGAUUAAUGUCACUCCAGCACCAUCUCGUGCGCCCCCACUGCAAAGGGUACCACCACCUCCCUCAAUGAGCCCGGAAGAACCUCCGACACUUGCACCGGCGCCAACACCCAAUUCUUUGUCUCCAACACCGUCCCGUGCGCCUCCACUUGCUCCACCUCCGAAAAGGGUACCACCACCAUCACCGAUGCCGAUAGAACCAUCACCGGCACCCGCACCUACACCGAUUAUUGUUACUCCAACACCAUCACGUGCACCUCCACGUACACCCCCACCGCAAAUGGUGCCACCUACCCCUAUGAGCCCAGAACAAGCACCGGCACCGACACCAACACCAACUAAUGUGACUCCAGCACCAUCUCUUGCGCCCCCGCGUGCGCCACCACCACAGAGGGUACCACCACCUCUCUCAAUGAGCCCACAAGAACCUCCGACAAUUCCACCCGCACCAACACCCACUUCUUUGACUCCAACACCAUCUCGUGCGCCUCCACGUGCUCCACCUCCGCAAAGGGUACCACCACCAUCCCCGUCGCCCACAGAACCAUCACCAACGCCCGCACCUACCCCGAUUAAUGUUACUCCAACACCAUCACGUGCACCUCCACGUGCACCACCACCGCAAAGGGUGCCACCACCUCCCCUAGUGAGCCCAGAACAAGCACCAGCACAAGCACCAGCACCAACACCAACUAAUGUGACUCCAGCACCAUCUCGUGCGCCCCCCCGUGUGCCACCACCACAUAGGGUACCACCACCUCCCUCAAUGAGCCCAGAAGAACCACCGACACCUGCAACAGCGCCAACACCUACUUCUUUGACUCCAACACCGUCCCGUGCACCUCCACGUGCUCCACCUCCACAAAGGGUACCACCACCAUCACCGACGCCGAUAGAACCAUCACCCUCACCCGCACAGACACCGAUUAAUGUUACUCCAACACCAUCACGUGCACCUCCACCACAAAGGGUGCCACCUCCUCCCACUAUGAAACAUACCCCGACACCUCCACCUCCACCUCCACUAACCCCUAGACAACCACCAAAAAUGCCACCCCCACCUCCUUCUAGCGGUGGUCAGUGCCCAAAAGAAAAGGUACUUGCACUUAGCAUAUGCACAAAACUCGAUAUAUCCACACUGCUCCUCACUCCGGGAUUGGCUAAGCAAGAUUGUUGUCCACCCAUCGCCGGUCUUUCUAGCAAGGAUGCAACCAGCUGCAUGUGUGCUUCCUUGAAGUUGAAGCUUGAUGUCACCGUUGACACUUUCUUUAUCGAGACAGUACUCCGUCUCUGUGGCAUAACGGUACUUGGCAACUUGAAUUGCUUGCUCUAAGCAUACAGGAGUGUCAACCACCAUUAAAUUAAUAUGAAUGAUUAGAAUACAACCAUUAUGUAAUACUUUAUCUAUGCAAGGAGCAAGAACUGCAUGUGGUGUUGCCUAUAGAAUAAAUAGAUAUGCCUCUUCCAUCAAAUACUUCUUUAUGCUUAUGGUUCGCCUACUACUACAAUUGUGUUUGUUUCUUGUACCAAAGACCAACUAACAAUUGAAAGCUCCACAUAUAAUUAUAUUAUAUUAUGAUGUACCCCACAAUGUUGUUACUCGUAAGAAUUGU